AUGACUGUCUACCAGAUAAAGGAGGACGAAGUGACUCAUAUGAAACAGGUCAACUUGCCGUCGGGUCACCCGCGAGACAAGGAGUCUUUCUUUCUAGCGCUCGAGUACAGUUCCGUAACCAGGGCUCACUACCUCCUGUCGUCAUCUGGACACCUCUCUAUUUACCUGGCCAAUAUGCAGGAAAUCUACGCCAGCUAUAUUAUCCAACCUUCCGAGCAACCUGUCCUGGCCCUCAAAUUCGUUCCUGGGCAGGAGGCGUUCGUCUACAUCUCUUCCAAUCUGACCGUCUAUAGCGCCAAAAUAAACCCUCGCCACCCCCUUCUCUCCUCCGCCUCGUCCCCCUCUAUCCAGGACACCAGUUCCGCCGACCUCCCCGCGGUCCACUCCCCCCCGGCGGACGACGGCACCCUCAUCAAUCGCUUCAGGAACCUCAUCCUUCAAGGAAACUACGGAAAUGCCGCAAUUUUGGCCUACAAGUCGUCCGAGGUCCCCUCCUCCUCCUCCUCACCUCCCCCCUCCAACCCGAUCCUCCGGUCCUCUGUCGCGCUCAAAAUCUUGGAAGGGGUCUCCUACCCCCCCGACCAACCCAGCCCGCUCCUCCUCUACAUCCAGGAACUCAUCAACAUCACCUGUCUCUCCGAGGACGAAAGCCUCGCGCUGAUCAAAUUCGUCCCCGCCGCCAAGUCCAACGUGAUCGGCACACUCAUCUCUAACAAAAAAAUCAAGCCCACCCUCGCCAUAGGCAACUCUCUCCGACCCAAAAGCCUGUCGCUCGCCCUCUCCGUCUACACCGCCAUCGAAGCACACGACCUCGCCGCCUCCGUCCUAAUAGACCUCGGCAAAAUAGACAAGCUCUUCGUCUACGCCCAAAAAGUCUCCUUCAACCCCGAUUGGCUCGCCCUCCUCUCCCAACUCGUCCAAAACAAAAACGACCUCUCCAUCCAAUUCGUCAAACACCUCUCCAGCAACCCCAACACGCACAUAGACCUCGACGCCGCCCUCGACAUCUUCAUAGCCUCUCGCAACCACACCUGGCUCACCCAAUUCGCCACCAUCGUGCUCAACAACGACCCCUCCACCUCCGACCUCCAAACCAAACUUCUGCAGGCGCUCUUCUCCAUACUCCCAAAACAGGCCAGGUACCUCAUCGAGUCCAACGCCCUCUCCCACUUUCAACCCGCCGCCAUCGCCCCGCUCCUCGAGGAACACCAAUACAUCGACCUCGCCAUAAAGUACCACCCCUCCCCCGACGACAAAAAGAGAAUCAUCCUCCAGCACCUCAUCUCCGUCCGCCCGGAAACCAUCCUAAACGCCAUCAAAGACUUCUCUGACGCCGACCUCCCUUUCUUCGAAAGCUGCUUGAACUCAAACCUCUCCUUCUUCCUCCCCAUUUUCUCUUCCUUCCUCGAACAAAACUGGUCUCGGCUCUCCCUCCCCCCAUUCUUCAACCUCCUCCUCUCCACCGAUUCCAAGUCCCCCAACUUCCGCCCCAUCCUCCACCGCCUCCUCCAUCGCCUCUUCCAAACUCAGCCAGACCCCUCCUUCUCCAUCGCCUACGCCCGCUCCUGCAUCUCCACCUCCUCCUGGCAAGACCUCCUCCGCCUCUGCCAAGACGGACCCUACGACCCCCUGCCCCUCCUCCAGCUUCUUCUCGACUCGCAACUCCCGGACCUGCGCUCGCCCCUCGUUCUCUGUCUGCGCCACAACCAAUUCGACCAACUCGCCCACCACCUCGUCUCUACAAACCAACUCCCUCACCUCUUCUCCUCCCUCCAGUACUUCAACUCCUCCAUCAUCCCCCCGCUCAUCGCCGCUCUCCUGGACGCCCGCGCCGACGACUCCUUCGUCUCCUCCCUCAUCAACUCGUUCCCCUCCAUCGACCAGCCCUCCCUCAACACCCUCCUCUCGCAACUCGAACAGCGCCAACAACUCCCAAUCGCUCGCGACUGGCUCCUCCGGCAAUCCAAGACUCUCCCACCCAACCCCGUCACCGACACCCACCUCUCCAUCCAUACCGCCCUGGCCAAAAUACACGUCAUCACCCACACCCAACCCGAACACUUUCUCAACACCAACCCCUACUACGACCACCUCGAACUCGGCCGCUUCUGCACCGAAUCCUUCCCCGACCUCGCGCUCAUCUCCUACCUCUCCUCCCCCACCCCCUGCGAAGACCCCCUCUUCCAACUCUGCAUCGACUGCCAGUACUUCCACCAACUCAUCUCCUACCUCCUCCGCAAAAACGACCUCUCUCUCUGGGAAAAGUGCGCCUCCUACCUCGUCAAAUCCCCCUCCUCCAACACCACCUUCUUCCAAACUCUCCAAGACUCCCUCAUCCAAUUCAACACCGUCGCCCCCAUCGCCCUCAUCCUCAAAGCCUUUCACACCUUCGAAUCCCUCAUCACCGACUUCGUCAAACUGCUCCAAAACCUCGCCGACCCCGCCUACGAGUUCUUCUCCACCCCCGCGUUUCAGGACGUCCUCCUUCUCACCCUCAUACACUUUCACUCUGUCAACCCCGCCCUUCACUCCGAAGACACCAUCCUCAACUACGUAAAAAUGUUCGACAAAUUCGACUACGCCGCCAUAGGCAAAACCGCCUCCGACGUUCACCUCUAUUCAAUCGCUCUCCUCGCCUACCAAAAGGGACAACUCUACCUCUCCGCCCUCUCCCUCAUCCUAGACCACAUGUCCGACGACGACCCCAACCUCUCCAAUGCACAACAAUUCGUCUCCGACCACAAACGCCCCGAACUCUACUCCGCGCUCGCCAAAAAACAACUCGAACUCAACAUCCUCCCCGACGCCCUCAACAACCUCAUCCACUCCAACGACCCCACUCUCUAUCGCGACGCCAUCCAAUGCGUCAGCUCCCGCUUCGAACAGUACACCUCCUCCCACAGCUUCCCCCCCUUCCCCACCCCCUCCUCCCCCUUCGACUCCUCGUCUCUCGACUACUCCACUCUAGAAUACCAGUACUCCAUCUCUCCCACUCUAUUUCCCCUCUCCAAACUCCCCUUCCGCGACCCCGACCUCCCCCCCGACCUCUUCCAAUUCUACCAAAUCCUGUCUAAAUACCUCUCCUGUCUUCAGACCUCCAUCUCGGACCCCUUCCUGGACGACAGCUACCUCCUCUCUCUCUGUCUGCUCCACGACUGGGCCUCCAUCCUCUCGUUCCUCCGCUCCCCCUCCAACCACGCCAACGUCAUCCAAGUCGCCCAGUUCCUCUACUCCCUUCACUUCGUCAUCGCCUCUCACAUCCUCUUCUCCUUCAAAGACGACCACUCCCACCUCGUCUCCACCUGCAUCGACUUCAACGACCUCUCCCGCGCCCUUCAAUUCUCCGACUCGGUCCCCUCCCUCAAAAAAACCCUAGACGCCUCCCUAUCCCGCUCCAACAACGAAUUCGCCAUGUCCGCCUCUGUGUCACUCAUCCUUCAAAACCAACUAGACUACGUCAUCAACGUCUACACCCCCGCCAAACACUUCGACCUACUCAUAUCCUGCAUAGAACGCGCCAUCUCCUCCCACCAAAACGUCUCCACCUCCAUCUACUUCGAACUCGCCAAGCUGUACGCCCACCACCAACCCUCCCACUUCCUCGACUUCCUCCGACUCAACUUCCCUCGCCUCAACAGCCCCCGCCUCGUCGAGUUCUGCUCCUCCAUCCAACAACACAGCGCACUCGUCCUCAUCUACCAACUCACUCUCGAAUUCGACCAAUGCGCACUCACCAUGAUCAAGUUCCUCUCCACCUUCGACCAUGACCUCAUGCUCCAAAUCCUACCCCAACUCAAACGCUCCACCACCUUCUACUCUAUCCUCGAACACUACCUCGACUUCCAUCCCGACCACGUCGACGAAAUCCUCCAAUUCAACCCCAGCUUUCGACUCGACCCUCUCCGCGUCAUCGAAAUCACCAAACAACGCGACCUCCUUCCCCUCAUCAGACCCUACCUCGAACGCAUACAAAAACAAAAAUACACUGCGCAACCUGCUCUGGACGCCCUCUACGAGAUCCUCAUCUCCGAGGAAGACUACGACGCCUUCAAUGCCUGCAUCCCCCAUAUGAGCACGCCACACAUGCGCCAAUUUUCCGCCCUCCUCUCCUCCCAUCCCCUCGUCGAGUUCAAACGCAUCUCCGCUAACCUCUACGCCCACCUCGGCGACUACGACCGCGCUCUAGACAUCCUCAGCUCCAACCAACUCCACCUCGACCUCAUCCUCGUCCUUUCCACCUCCAAACGCUCCCAACUCGCCGAGCGCUUCCUCUUCCAAUACCUGUCCUCCCCAGACAACCUCUCCAUCGCCGUCUCCCUCUUGUAUCAUUGCUACGACAUCCUCUCCCCAGACGUCGUCCUCUCCCACGCCCUCCGCACCAACAAGCUCUCCUGGACUUGGCCCUAUUGGGUCCAGUUUCUCCGCGACUCCCACGAAAAGCUCAGCUCCAUCGCCCCCACCCCCCCUCAAUCGUAG